AUGGCUGAGGAAGACAAAUCAGCACCUACAACGCCCAAAGGAGACGACCAUAAUAAUGGGGGCGAUAGUGGAGAUAAAGUCACGACGCCCUCGCACUCUUCCACGCAUAUCUCUUCUGCUGCGGGCCGCAAAACUCCGCAGGCGACAGUAGACAAAUCCUCAGCCCCCCAAAAACUCUCGCCACGGUCAGACUCAAAGCAGCAAGCAAUCCAAUCACAAGUUCAUGGCCAGAGCCAGUCUUCUCAAGAGAGACAACAGCUAUCGGACAAGCAAAACGUCGAGCCCGGAGGGACGGAUCCUUCCUGCCAAAUGACUACCAAACCGAGGCUUCUAUCUGACGCCCUGGCUUCAUUACAAUCCGCACUCGAUGAAGAUCUUGUCCCGCCUUCCCUGGAGAACAUCACUGCGACAUCGACAAAUGGGAAUCGUCAGAGGCGUAAGCCACUUGCUGCAAUUGUUCUCAGUAACGAUUCGGAUAUUAUGAGCCCCCUCCAACUCACAUCAUCCGCCCCUCGUCCGCAAAUCCGGCCGGUAAUUGCUACAAUAACGGCCUCGCGAGAUUCUGAGGGAGAGUCCGGAUCGGUGGUCGAAGGCUGUAUAGAAAAGGGGGCGGCUGUCGAUAGAGAGGUCCGCGAGGUGGGAACAGACGCUGCUGCCGCUGGCCCUGCUCGCCUUCAACGAACUCCGGAUACGAACGCUGCGCCCCUACAAGCCUCUCGUCGCCCCUUACCCCCUUCACCGACCGAGAAAGCCUUGGAAUCACAGUCUGAGGAUGCCUCAUUCGGGAGAUCGCCCAGCACCCCUCCUUCACGUUUUUCGCUGUUGACAACUGGCCUGAGCCAUGAAGACGCCAGAAGCAAAACUGAUGAUGGCGAAGGCGAGAAUAACUAUCCUCUCCUCUCAUCGCCAGUCUUGAAGGAAGCGGAGCCCUUGGCGUCGGGGUUCAGUCCGAGAACCCCUAGACCUCCGUCUGCGAGACCUUUGACACCGAGGAGGCGGCUGGCAGCGCGUGAGAGGGCGAAGAGGGGAAUGGAUCGUCAGCCCAAUUCAGAAGUUAUGGAAGAGGGACCGCCAUAUCCUGAGAAUCCCAUGGUAAUCCCUGUUUCAAACCGUGGCAGACCAGAGCCUUCUCAAGAAGACACGCCUACUGGAGAAAUCCAUGCCCGAGACCGGGGGGUUUCUCUUGUGUCACCGGUCAUCCUUACGCCUAAGCCAACCAGACCCGGUGACAUCCCAGAAGUCCUGAGGUCCCACCAGCUGGUCUCGUCCUCGACUCCCAGCCAGAAGAGCCAACGACAGCAUAGUUCCCGUCACUCGUCAGAAGACACUGUAGUUCCGCCCCUGCCCCCAGUUCAUCAAACCCAACGCUGCCGCCCAAAUCAGCAGCUCCCCGCCGCUCUGGGUGCCUAUAACACCGAGCCGGUUCGCGAAGGCCCCGGCUUCAACCUCCGCCGCAUCUGGGCCCCAGCCCCAGGUGAACCAACCCGCACACACAUCUUCAUCCGUCCCCAGCCCCUUCCCGGCGGCGACGAGGAACGCACAAUGAUUAUCAAAACCUGGAACGAAAUCUUUGCCACGAUGCCCCCGGAAUUCCAGUCGAUGCUCUCGAGCCGCCUCCGGUAUCCGAGCUACACCCGUGACGUGGCAGCCCGCUUCAGGAAAGAGGAAUUUGAAAAGGCAACGGGGGAAGGCUUGUCCUCGGACGACUACUACGCCCUCUUCGAUCUCGAGACCUCCAACGACGGCAUGAUUUCCGCACUGCUGGAGUGGAUGCAGGGGCGGACGUGGGUCAAGGUGCAGUACGUGAACCGCAUCAUUCACCAGCUCUGUCGGCUGAUGUACACGUCCGCUCAGGAGGAGGCUCGGCUACGUCUCACAUAUCGACAGGGUAUGGAUUCUUUGAUUGAGAAGCUCGAUGAAGUUGAAGUGAAGUGCGCGGCGGAAAGGAUGCUGCGGGCCUGGGAGCGGUUGGACGAGUCUAUGAGGGGACAACACAAUUUCAUCAGGCAAACCCUCACCAGGAAUGGUGAUCACUGGGGUCAUAUUCCCGGGGUUGUAGUGAUGAGUGGAUGCUCAAGAGAUGUCAAGCACUGGGAGAAACUCCUCGCGACAUCACGCGCGCUCGCCCUCAGCCACCACAGGAUCGAGGAGACUAUCAAGGAUAGAAUCGACGACAAUGGUGAGGUUCACAAAGAAGAUCUUGGGCAGCUGCAAGAGAUCCUCAGAGACAUGGAGAAGAACAGCAGGGAGGUGAACGAGUACUUGAGCGCCAGAGGCCAAGGGGACCAGGUGCAGAGGAUGUUCCAAAUCGAGAACAAAGACCUAGUUGACUCUCUGAGAGUCUUCAACGACCAAAUCAAACGUGACGAUGACGAGCGUAGGUCUGCCGUCAUGGGAUUCACCAGAAUUGCAACUCACCAGUUGGAGAUGCGCCAGAGAUAUGCUCAGAGUAUAGACAACGGCGUGGAAAACCUUUCGGAACCUACGAUUCCCGCAUUGUUUCAGUCAUCAGAGAGGGUUGACAAUCAUGAGCUGCCCCCACUAUCUAGUGAAAUGGGCUUCAGCGCUUCCCAGACGGAGAUUUCCAUGUAUGAUAUCUCAUCAGCGUCGGCAGCAUUCGAAAUUACCGCAAAGCACGAAACCCCGCCGCCGUUUGCCCGCGAUGGAGGAAGAAUCGUCUUGACCCCCGGGGGCAGGCGGGUUGUAGAAUUUAGGGGUACGGUAGUACCUCGUCAGCCGAGCCCAACAUUCACAGAUCCCUUCGCCAAAACCUGGACAAAGGUCGAUUUGAGUGCGACAAGGCCGGAGUGUCCCCGAUGUCCCACAUUGGAGAGAGAGAUCAAUUCCAAACUGCUGGAAAUCAAAGACUACUGCCGCAUACUGAAGUGCAGGUUGGAAGAGAAGUUGAAGCUCGAGAACGCGCUCGAAGCCAUGACUUAUCGCGAUAUCAAAAGAGCAAUGGAAGCCAUUCACGCCUACAAGCAGCUGCUGGAGCGCCCAGACGUGCCUGAGUCUCUGAGAUACACCGUGGAGAUGUUGGGGAUGCACAGCAAGCGAGCAUCCGACCAGACCGGCCUGCUGGAAAGAUCACUCCAGUUGGGGCAAGACGGCGAGUCGACAGAAAAGAUCUUGGCAGAGCUAAAGAUGACAAUCCGAACUGUCAAACGACUGGCCAACGCCAACCUCGAGCUCAAAUCGCAGAUGACCCUUUACCUCGAGCAAGCCUAUCCCAAGGCAGGAGACCAAUCUAACUCAGACAAAGAGACCACACAAGAGAGUGCACAGCAGAACUGCCUGAUAAAAUCGUUGCAACGACAAGUUGAAGAGUUGUCGGAACAGACCAAGCAUGAUAUGGAACAGCAAGCAACAGAGAAGCUCACGCUAUCGCGCGCAGUCGAGCGCCGCAUGAAGGAAGAGAGCGACCGCCUCAGAGCACAAGUUCAAAGUUUCCAGAACAAGGUUGAAAAAAUGGAGGCUGAGGCUCAAGAACGAGACUUGAACGCAGAGCAGACAAUGUCGGACCGACUGAGAGAACUCCACAAGGAACGCGAGACACAAGAGACGGAACUUCGGAAUCUCGAAAUCCAAAAUAUCGCUUUGGAGGAGCAACGGCAGAAGGCCGCAGAGAAGCUCGCAACCCUAGAGAGAGCCAAAAGAGAGAGCCAAGACGAACUGGAAAAACUUGCACGACAGACCAGGGAUCUACAGAUCAAGCUUCAAGCUAAAAGCGAAGCGGUCAAGUGGACAUCAUACAUGACUGUUCCCAGGGCCGUUGAUGACGACGCUAGCUCCGAUCCCCAGCAGAGUGACAGAGUCUCUCAGCUGCGGACGGAGUUGAUGUCUGCGCUUAGCAAGGCACGGUCAGAAUCAUAUCACAUAUUUGGAGAUCGGAAAAUGAGGAAGCAUCUGCCGGAUUACAUGCAGAGCGUCUUGUGGCCCGAUAUCAAAGAAAAGGACGGCACUAACGCAGGUGUCUGCCACUUCUGGAGAUUAGCGGCUUUCGUGAGAAAGAGGAAGGAAGCUAUUGCAGCACUUGAACAUGGCGAUUUGCAGAGCUUUCAGAGAGCGUCCGACUUGCUCGAAAGGCUCCAUGCGUGGGACAUCGACUUGGGCCCUUGGCAGACGGACGCCCAAACAGCAGAGGUUUGGCGGUCCAUCAACCUCCUACGAUCGUACGCCAACCUUGAGCUUGGAAAGAUCGAAGGGCUCGAUGCUGUUUCUCCGGACAGGCGUGAGGCCGCCAGGGAAUUGUUCGAUCAAGCGGUGGCUUCUGGUGACGCAGCAGAGACCAAGAAGCCAUGGAGUUCCUUGCAGAACUGUCUAGAGGAACAGUUGCAAGGGGAUGCUGAUGACGCAUCCGCCUGCGACUGCAAAUUCAAACCUCGCCUUUGCCCCAAGCACCAGGCAAGCGGUGGACUCAUGUUCCACAACUUUAUGGAGGCAGACGGUUCGAGACAGGCGGAGAUAGAGUUGACGCAGGAGGCGUCCGAGGUGCUUCAGCGAUUUGGGCAGAUGUUCAAGGUGUCGUCGCCGCUGUAG